AUGCUUCUUCGCUUGCCGCGCAGUUUGCACUAUCCCAUCACCGUGACCUCGCUGCUCAAGAGGGAAGGUGAUCAGGUGGAACGAGAUGAACCCAUCUUCUGGUACAUCUAUGAGACCACAGUCGAGGAAGGCGAUGGGCUAGGCAACAAGGUGCAAGUGAAGCGCAAGUUUCCAACACGGUUCGAAUCACCCACCGAUGGGGAGCUGUCGGAGUGGAAGAUCUCAAAGGGGGAUGUCAUCACUGAACCAAUCGACGUCGUUGAGAUUGAAGAACCAUGCGCACACGAGGUCCAAUUUGGAGGUCUUUGUGCGGAAUGUGGUAAAGACAUGACUGAAGCGACCUACAAUACCGAAAUCAUGGACUCGACGCGUGCGCCGAUUCAAAUGUCUCAUGAUAACACGACACUUACCGUCAGCGAGAAGGAGGCCGCCCGUGUUGAAGAAGAUGCGAAGCGUCGCCUCUUGGCUUCCCGACGUCUUUCACUCGUGGUGGAUCUUGACCAGACCAUUAUUCACGCCACUGUCGACCCGACUGUCGGAGAAUGGAAGGAAGACAAGGACAACCCGAACUACGAGGCUUUGAGAGGCGUCAGGCAAUUCCAACUGAUUGACGAUGGACCGGGCAUGCAUGGAUGCUGGUACUAUAUCAAGUUGCGGCCCGGACUUGAAGAGUUCUUGGAGAAAGUUGCCGUGUCGUAUGAGCUUCACAUCUACACUAUGGGAACUCGCGCAUAUGCGCAGAAUAUUGCCGACAUCAUCGACCCGAGUCGCAAACUUUUUGGCGACCGCAUUCUCAGUAGAGAUGAGAGUGGAAGUCUGACUGCCAAAAAUCUGCAGCGCUUGUUCCCCGUUGACACCAAGAUGGUCGUUAUUAUCGACGACCGCGGUGACGUGUGGCGAUGGAGCCCCAAUCUCAUCAAGGUUUCUCCCUACGAUUUUUUCGUCGGGAUUGGCGAUAUCAAUUCUAGCUUCUUGCCUAAGAAGCAAGACAUCGGUGCUACGAACAAGCUGAUCAAGGAAGCGAAAGAAAAGGAAGCGAAGGAGCACCAUUCCAAUGGCAAAGCUGCGAAGCAAGAGUCGGAGUCCGAAGUUUCCGCAUUACAGCAGUUGGUGACGAUGGGAGGCGGUGACAACCCCGGGUUACUGCAUGAACAAACCAAUGAACAGGAAGAGACGAUCUUGCACCAAGUAGAAGACCGGCCGUUGUUGCAGAAGCAAAAGGAAUUGGAUGCAGAAGACGCACCUUCCGUCGAGAGUAGCGAAUCUGCGAGCGCUGACGAGUCUCAGGACUCUAACAAGCAUCGCCACCAUCUGCUUGAGGAUCAUGAUCGGGAAUUGUUCCAACUUCAAGACCGACUGGAGCGGGUUCACGCGCAAUUCUUUGACGAAUAUGACAAGAAGCGAAGUCACGCGCUUGGAGGCCGGGUGGCAGCUCUUCGGGGGGAGAGGACCUUUUCCAAGGACAAAGAUGUUGAUCUCAAACUCGUCCCCGACAUCAAAGACAUCAUGCCUUUGUUCAAGCAGGGGGUUCUGGGAGGUGUGGUAGUGGUGUUCUCGGGCGUUCUUCCUUUGGGAACCGACCUUCAGAAUGCCGACAUCUCGCUGUGGGCCAAGAGCUUUGGUGUGGUUAUCGCAUCCAAAAUCAACGCCCGUACCACUCACCUGGUUGCUGGACGGAACCGCACAGCCAAAGUACGCGAAGCCACUCGAUAUCCGAACAUCAAGAUUGUCACGACACAAUGGCUUCUGGACAGUUUAGUCAACUGGCAACACCUGGAUGAGGAUCCGUACUUGCUUCCCGUUCAUCCAGAUGACCGCGGCGAGCCUCUUUCACCAGCCUCCCGGGAACGUAUUGACAGUCCGUGGGUCUCAUCCUCGGAAGAAUUACCCGGUACUUCAGUCUGGUACGAGGACCUCGAUGAUGAAUCUGAUUCCGAGAUGUUUAAAUCUACUGGACUCAACGAGAGCUCGCACAUCGGUUAUGAUGAGAAUGAGCAAGCAGCCGUGCACGACGAACUGAAGGAAUUUCUCGGUAGCGACGAUGAGAGUGAAUCUGACAACGAGGCUCUUACUGAGGAUAAAAGCACGACCAACAAGAAGCGCAAGCGCGGUAAAGGAGCUGAUGGUGAAGCUGUCGAUGAAUCCGCAGAAGAUGACGGCGACGACGAGUCAGACCCGCACGGUUCACGCCUCUCCCAGCGAAUCAAGCGUUCGUAUGAGCGGAGCACUGGACUGCGUGAAGUUGCAACGGCAUCCAGUUCGGAAAUGGGCGAGACUCAUCCUGAGCAUGUUCGCCCCUCCGAACCAGAUGAAGAGCCUGACGCUGAGAACCCAGGUACCAGUCACAUUCGAGACGUGGAACACGAGAGCCCUGGUGAUGAUGACGACGAUGAGCUGGAACGUGAAAUGCUCGCCGCUUUCGAUGACGAACCCGACGACAAUGCGGAAGGCGAAGACGACAACUGA